CUCGCGUUUCCCGCGAAAGUGGCGACCCAAGAUUCCCGCCCGCCACCUUCUCCUCGUCCUCCUCAUCGUCGUCGUCGCCUCCCUGGAACCUUAUCGCCGUGCCGCUUCAAAACAACAGCAGCAGUAGCAAGCACGCAACCCGCAACGACUGCGACAUCAACACCCAGCGGCAAUGCCGCUCCCGGCCGUGGAGGGCCUCCUCCGCACGCUUCAGGAUGGUCCCCCGGAUGACCAGGUGGAUGCGCUGCUCACCCUCUCCAGUAACUUGAGCUCUGAAACAGCUGGUGAGGUGGUUAUGGAACUGGUUCCCAAAUCGGAACACCUCUUCACACUACUGCAGUCACGAGUGGGUAGCUCCCAGCAGGUGCCUCCAGCGGAGGUUCAGAAUGCCGCCCUGCGGACACUGGGCUUCUGCCUGGCACAACCCUUGCUCGUUGCUACUCUCUCCGAUGACACUGCCGAUAGCCUGCUGUGCAUGCUGCUGGAUGUGGCACACGGCUCAGGUGAUCUGAACACCUCCACCAGGGUGCUGUGGGCCCUCUCUCAGCAGUUGCUGCCACCCACCUUCAUGGAGGCAAAGCUGUCUUCGCUGCUGUCACUCCUGGAGAAGCUAAUGGCGCCAGGGGAGGCUCACUUUGUGGUAGAGAAUGAGGCUCUCAAAGUAUUGAGCAGGAUGUUGCAGCAGGUUCCGCGUGCGAUGACACAGAAGUCCACCUCGUGGCUUGCGCUGCUGCUGCCUAUGCUUGCCCACUCCAUCGCUAAGGUGCGUGCGCGGGCCCUGUCCGUGUUGGAGGCGGCGAUGCCGCUGCUAACCCCCGGCUCGUCGGCGGAGCUCUCAGCCUCCGACUCCGCUGCUAUCUCCGUCGUCGUUGAGGCUCAGCUCAAAAGCAACCUGCUUAAGGAGAUGGAGAAGCUUUUCGCUGCCAAGAACGAGGUGCACGUGAUGCGCGUGUGGGCUCUGUGCGUCACGCUCUUGUACUCGGUGCUGCGCAAAGGAGGGAAGCUCACCAAUGCCGUGCUUCACCUGGCAGAGCUGGGCUUCCGUAGCAGCUCCUCGGAGGUUAAGAGCGCGGCUUAUUCCGCGUGGAAGAACCUCAUCGACAACUUUACCUCCGAGCCCGAGCUCCUGAGCAACGGGAAGCGUCUGCGUCUAUUGCUGCAGCCACUGUUGGUGACGACGGUGCGGGUCGAGGUGCUGGCCCAGGCCAUGCUUCAUACGUGGUGGCACCUGGUUGGCCGCCUCAAACAGCAGGUGGCAAGCAGCUUUGAGCAGGUGUGUGUUCCACUGCUGCAGUUUGUCCUGGGCUCACCGCUGAACGAGACAACUCUGACCUCCGCUUCCACCCCAACUGGGUCACUGAAGCCCGGCUUGCCAGUGACCUUGACGCCCAAUUUCCGACUGUCACUGGGUACGGGCUCGGGGUCGGCACGCGUGUCCUCCCGUGCCAUGCAGCUUCGAGGCUGUGAGGUGAUCGGACAUCUGCUCCUGGGUCCUGACAUUGCAGUGCUUGGCCUCCCGCUGACCUUGGCGCCGCUGGCUAGCGUGCCGAUCACGGCGGGGAGCUCGUUUACGCGCCUGGCCCCCACUCUGAUUAUGGCCACACACAACGCCCUCAGCAUCGCCGGCAGUGAUGUGCAAAGUUCGCUGGUGUUGCCGGUGUGGCAUAAGCUCCUGAGCCACGUGGCAGCAGGCAUCGAGUCAGCUGGCAACCGCAAAGAGCGGCAUGGAACGGACAAUUUCGCACUACUGCUGAUGAGCCUCCAGCAUCUGGUGCGAUCGGAGAACCUGCCUGCCUCCCUCUCCAUGUCCCUACUGGAGGCCACGGUGGCCGGGCUACCCAAGAAGGUUCUGGGCUCUCCAGCGUACCAUGUGGCGAGCAUGGACGUUAUGCAGGGCACCUCUGCACUAUUCCUUAUUCAGAUUCUUUUCCAUGACAGCCUGCUGCAACUUGACUCAGCAGAGCAACGGCUGGAGUCGCUUCUGCACACGCUUGUUGGCUGCGUACUGGACGGGCCGGCGUCCCCCCUGGGCUUCAGCGCAGCGGUGCUGGGGCUGCUUGAGCAAGCCGCGGUGGGCACCACCCUGCCCUGCCAGCGCCUGUGCACCAUUUGGGAGUUGGUGGUGCACCCUCUGACGGCCCGCAUUCAGCAGACCAAGGAGGUGAACCAGGGAGAUACGCUGGAGCACAACUUCACGGCACUUUACAAGGCCCUGCUUUUGCCCAUCCAGUUCAUCUUCCCAGCGGCCAGCCUACGUCCGGCCAGCUUGACGGCGGUGCUGCACAGCUGGAAGCAGCUAUACCAGGCCUUCUCGUGCUGUGCCUCCCUCGUGUGCACCGCCGAGGCAAACGUGUGGUGCGAGGAGCUGUGCGCCCUUGCGUUGCCGCACCUGCAUGUUGACCAGCUCGCGCACUGGCAUUCUCUGCGUGCAACGGCUCACCUGGUGAUCGUGAUGCUCGCCAACUUCGACUUCUCCGCUCUGGCGCAGAAUCGGGCUGCCACGGACAGUUCCAAAGGGUGCCUGAGCCCCGUGUGUCCUCGCCGGGUGAGGAAGGACUCCCUGGGAAACCUGAGCUCGCUGAUCACUUUGCUCGCAAGGGCCAUUGAGGCGUUCGGCAGUACUGCAGCAACGCCGGCGACAGUGGAGACAGCGCAGACCAAGCUUUGGGCGACAGGCGCGAAGUUGGUGGAUGCGGCGGCUACGCUGCUUCGCCGAUUGCAGACGUCGUCUGAGAUCCGGGCGGCUAUGACCAUGAUGGUGCCUCCCAUUGCCAGCCUUUACGCACAGAGUGGGAGAAAGGGCCAUCGUUACAGCCCCCUGCUGAUGGGCAAGCUGCCUGAGCUGUGGGAGGUUGUGGCAGGCCUCCUGGAGGGCCCGUCGGCGGGACCUCACGACGACUCGCUGCUGCAGCUCCUGUCACCGCUGCUGUGCCACACACUGCCUCACCGGACCCCUGCUGUGCGAUCGCGCGCUGCACAAUUUUGGGACGCCACCUUCGGGAGGACGAAAGCGCCUUUGAACUACCCUGAGCAGCUCAGGUUGGUGAUGCAGCGCCAGCGAUCUCUGCUUGCGUUGCCUGGUGUGGAGCUCACAGACGAGGAGGCACGCUCCGCCCCGCUGCUUGACGACUCGAAUGAUGACGACGACGACAACGACGCUGUUGCUGACAAAGGGGACUCCAAUCGCUUCGCUGUCAAGCAGGAAGCCACAGUCCAGGAUGGUCGGCAUCCCACGGAGACCAGCGUAAAGGAGGCACAAGCGAUCCACAAGGAGACACAGCCAACCAUUCCCACACCUGUUACCCCAACCCGUAAUAAGACCGCCAUAGCUACCUGGGCCUCUCCGUGCCUGCCUGUGGAAAAGGCAGCCACACCGAAGGCAAGCAGCCUGCAGUCGCCCAGGACAGUACGCACACGCCAACGUGUUCAGCUCGAGGAGGAGAGCUCCCAGGACUUUGUGUUCAUCCCCCCGCCAGCUACAGCUGCCAGCCGAUCCCGUGUGCUCACAGAGCAUCAGAAGGAGGUGCUGCGGACCAAGAGGGUGGACAUACCGACCAUGUACAACACACUGGACGCCUCUCAGGACUCCACCAUGUUUUCUCAGCUGUCCGGCACGCAGGACUCUGAGAGCAGUGGGUCCUGCCCUCUCACACACAAGACUCCGAUAUUCGCCGGUCAGAUGAAUGCGGAUGAGACGGCUGUGAAGAGGGUGGUGGAGACAGGAGCCAUUGCAGAAAUAGAGUCAACGGACACAACAGUGGAUGAAAAUAACCACACUGCACUGGUGUCAAGCGGACACUUGAAUGGAAGCGCCGACAACGCUCAAGAGGUGGUGCAGUCAACACCGUGUGGUAAAGACGAGAUCAUCAAUAGUGCCAGCAGCAAAGAGAUUGAAGUAAGUUCCUCAUGCGUGGACGACAAAGCGCAGGCCCCUCCGAGUGGAAACGAUGCUCCAGAAUGCGACGCUCACAACGGAGAGGCCGAACCGGAGCUUCUGGGCUGUAAUGGCAGCACAGAUAAAGAUGGAGCGAACCUGGAUUCGGACGGGAAAGCAAUGGGGCUUGCAGUCGACACGGAGGAAGCCAGUGAAGAUAAUGUGGCUGUGGGCCCUGCCAACAGCAGCAAUGAGUCGAUAGAGAUGGUGGCUGGUACCCCGCCAAAGCACACUCCGGGAGAGCGAGCCCUCCCCACUCUUGGCAGCCAAUCGAGAAAGACGUUUCAGGAGUAAGUCGAUCUUGAAAUGGAGGAGGAGCAGGAGCAGGAGGAUGCCUCCGGGGAGCUGCCGGUCACGCCGGUGACACAACCGAGAACCCGCCGCAGUAAGAGUCGGGAAAACGCUGCGCGUGAGGGCCCGAACUCGGAGUCGGAUGGCAAGUUGACGGCAGAACGGAACGUAAUGGUCGACAGCCAGGAGGAAGUCCCACCAGAUGGCGCUUUACAGCCUCGACGCGGCCUCAGGCAGUGCCGCGUAAAGAGCAGUGAUCAUGCUGCUCCCAUCGUGACCCCAAGGAGUAAGUUGGUCAUGGAGAGCGACAUUCCACAGCCAACACCCGCCGAUGGUCAGGCAGCUAACCAAAAGAGAGCAUCUCAAAAGGGGCGGAUGUUGAGCGCAAGCAAAUCCCGCAGGAAGCUGCUUACUAGCGAGCCCGGCAUGUACAUGGGAGAUUCAGAGGUGGAAGUGACGAAAGCAGAAUCUAGUUCUGAUAAGAGCAGACUUGAAUCCCUCUCAGAUAGCGCUUCUUUUCAAGAGCAUGGUUCUUGCAAGGGCUUAAUGGCCGACAGCAGUUUGAAAGGGAAUGCUAAUUUUGGUGUUGCAGUGGGAGAUGCAGCAAUCCCAGGAUGUAGCAACGACCUCAACACUCCUCGCAGCAAAGCAAUCCGGGGGCGACAGCUAAAGCUGUCGCAGAUCUCCAUGCUAAGCACCAACAACAGCACACCCUCCACUACAGCAGAACAAUCUCUUGUGUCUUCCCUCGUGGUUUCACAACCUGCCACGACCUCUCCUGUAGUGGCACAGUUACCUGUUGCUGCUCCAGUUGAACAAUUCCCUAUGAUUUCUUCUGAAAUGGAAGAAUCCUCCAAAUAUUUCUCUGCAGUGGUAAAGUCAUCCACUCCUAUGAUGGCAGAAUCCCCCACGAUCUCAUCUGCGGUUGAAGAGUCCUCAUCUCCUUCACCAAUAGUUGCACUGAGCCUGCUCAAGGUCUUCAAUUCCGGUAAACAAUCUAGUAGUCAAGCAAAGGACGGCUCCUCCAGCUCAAAUGUUGGAGAUGGUGUAACAGAAACAAGUGACACUGCAGCGGUGGCAACGGAAGAGGAGAUUAAUGGCACCAGCGGUGACAGUACUGUGUUCAGCCCACAGGCCAGCCCUAGCAGACCGACUAGUUCUGACGGUCGGAUCCAAUUAAGUGGAGAGCCAAAGAAGAGGAGGGUGAAUUUGGUGAGCAUCCCAGGUGGGCAGGUAAACUCUGGGUGGGCAAACGGGAGUGUCCGUAUUUCUGUACGCGAUGUGGUGCGCACACCAACGAAUGGGGAGAAAGCGCUUACUGCAUUCGAGAGGAGUGAGCAGAGUGCAGGUGUGACGAGGGACAAUGGAGCAGCCGGAAUCUUGGACAGGGAAAACACAGCUGUGGACACCAACCCGCAACCCACGGAGACAUCGGCAUCUGCAGAAACAAGUGUUUUGUGCUCGGAGCUCGUCCUCUCGGGUAGCUCACAUUUGGAGACUAAGCUCGGCUUGAGCAACUUUCUGAGGCGGUCCCAGAGGAAGAGGAAGAGCUGGGGCUGCGGAAGGUACAGUUGGGAGAAUGUCUCCAUGAAGAGGAGAAGCUCGAUGCCCGUGGCGUCCGCCCUAGAGUCAAACCCAGCAGCUGGCGGAGCCGCUGUGAGCGACAUAGACGAUUGUGAAUUGGAGGGCAAAGCCUGCGCCAGGCUUUGUGGAGAUGCCAUCACCGAGUCAGAUUCGCAACUGUCGCAUAGAACAGUUGAAGGAGAAAAAGGAAGCGGGAAGGAUACAAAGUUACUAAAGAAUGUUGAGGAUGAGAUGGAGGAAGGGACUGCCAAGGAGAAGAUGGAGGAGGAUAUGGAGGAGGAUGGGGAGGAGGAGUAUAAUGUGAGUGAUCAGGUGGGGCCUGAAGAAUCUCCACGGCUCAGCGAAACAAAAAACACCAUGGAAUGCGCUGCUCAGGAACAAUCGGUUAUAGAUUUGAACUGUAUCGCCACGUCUGAUUUUAAAGCCAAGGAGCAAGACCCCGAAACAGAGUUUGUCAAUGCAGGAGAUGACGAGGGGAAGACGUCUCAAGUUGUAGAUAGGGAACAGCCGGACAAUGUGAUGCUGCCCCCCUCUCCCUCGCUGCUGGUCUCCAGAGGGAGUGACUGUGCUGCCUCCACCUCUCUCUCAUGUGGAGCGGAUCCCGACACAAUUGAUACAAUCGCCACCGCAUCUCAUUCCGUGCCAACCGAAGGCGGAUUUGUGGAGGAAGAAUUUGGUGUCGUUUCAAGUGAGAUGAGCAAGGAGACAGCAUCACCAAUCUUGACCGCUCAGGAGAACCCAGCAGAAGAGAGCAAUCCCAAGGGCCAGGAGAUAUUGCCUGGGGAGGAUGGCAGCGAGCUGGAGAUCAUCAACUCCAGCAGGGCCUCCCCAGCAGAGCCCUUGGUCAGUGCCGUAUGCGAGGAGGUGAUGGUUACGGUGACUGAGGCAGUGGCAGGAGGAGAGCAGAAAGUGUCGGGGGAGGAGAAGAGGAACAUGGGUGACAGCAAGAUGGAGGAGGGGCAACAGGAGGAGGAGGAGAAAAAAAAGGACAUUGCAGCCCAAACUACGGAGGCUCCAGCCUCACCAGGGUGCAGCACUCUUAUGCGGUUGAACGGAGACAUCGCCCAGAGGGCAAGCAGCCCUCCGCCGGUCGCAGCAAGAGGCACGUGGUCCCCAGCUGCAUCCCCAUCCCCCAGCAUCCUCAAGAAGGCAGCGGGCAUGAAGUCGGAGGCUGAGCAGCUGCCGUCAGACUCUCCACCAAACAAGACACGACGCGUGUCAUUUGCUAACCCCAUCCGGCACGAAACGCUGGCAGAUGACAUCGACCGCCGCAGUCCCAGCCGCAGCCAGUCCCGCACGUUCACACAGCACCUUUUGACUCCGACGCGGACCUCCCCGAUGAGCCGGCGGCCCCUUUCUCGUCGUGCUCUCGGAAACACCCCACCCAAGAAGCGGCUGCAGGAACAGCUGUGCACCAUGUUGUCCCAGCCACUGGAAGUGGUUCCCGUGCAGAGCGUGGGCCCCAUUUUCCCCGCGCUCAUCGGCUGUAAAACUCCAGUGGAGGCCGUGCUGCACCAGCUCACGCCGGCGAUAUGGGCCCGUGGGCUAGGCCACUUGGUGCGAGCGCGCUCCAUCAGCACCGUGGGCGACCUGGCGGCACUGAACGCCGCAGACCUGCACUCCCUCCCCAUCCGCUCACCCAAGCUUCACACGCUGCACAGAGUGCUGAAGAUUUUCCAUGAGCAGAAGGGGCCAGGGGCCACGGAGCAGGAGAUGGCGCUGGUGCUGCCUCCCGACGACCAAGUAGACUCCAAGGCGCUGGUGAAUGGGCUGAGCGAGGAGGCGAGCAGAGCUGAAGCCCCAGGCGCUCCUGUCUCUGCAGCGGGCACGGGGUUCUUGACGGCGGUGUCAGCGCUGACGCACCAUAAUCCUAGCGAAGAGCUGAGGGCCACGCCGCUGCCUCUGCUACUGCAGGCGCACGGUGAGCUUCUCUCCGCACUGGUGCACGUCGCUCAGGCAAUGGCGCGGCGAUGAGCACCACCUCAGUGAAACGCCCUUGUUUCCUGCAACCCGGCCUUGGCCACCCGCAAACCAACGGCAUCACUACCCAUGCCCGAUGGAGAGAGAAUCAAGCAAGAUCCUCAACUUCAGCAGCCGUGCUGAUGCGAUGCAACCACAACGUGGCCACGUCUGGCACACAAUGACUUCUCAAACAUGACCUGGGUUGGCCAAAGUGUCUGAGUCUUACUUGGUGCAGCCUUGAUUUGGAGCUUUCUUGACUGCAGGAAUCCAUACUCUUUGAUUCUUUUGGUAAAGUCACGUAGGUAGAAGAAUAAUAGUGAUUGUCCCACCUGAUGACGAUUUCUUGUGUUGCGAUCGAAACGUCGUGAUCUAUUAUUUUUCUACUUACGUGACUUUACCGAAAGAACCAAAGAGUUUGGUGCAGCCUGUUUUGGUCACAUGUGAGAAUGAAUAAGGUAAUGUCCAUCGGUUAGCAGAGCCAUGAAGCUUGCCUGUGAGCUUUGCCACUUUCCUGCACAAGCCUUUGUUGAGGAUUUCAGCCUGAAUGUAACAGCAGCCGGCUCGGAGCACUAGCUUGCCUCUGUGUUAGCCAUGCCUGGCAAGGGGAAGUGGCAAGAACCAGCCGGUGCUCACUGAAGUUUUGUAUGUGUUGCUUGGAAGAAACAUGAACAAGAGAGGCGACAGCAGCACAUCUCAGCCUGGGAGGGGAGAGGGCUUGGAGCUCUGCUCUCUUUCUCUAAAGCAGAAAUCUUAAUUUACCUGAUAACUCCCUGUGGUACGUGGAGAAGUCCCAAUUCCGAGUUAGUGUUGGACACAUCUCACUCGGUUGACGUGUAAAGCUGUCGCACGCAUUUACAAAGCAUUCGUUCUGUAACCCGGCCACGUCUUAUCGCGUAAACCCUCGCUCCGCCCGCAGGAACAAUGCAACAGGCAUUGCCAACCUUAUUCGAUUGCCAAGGUUGUCUCUUGUUGCCAGUGCGCCCACCCACUCUUACUUUCCAGCUGAACAUUCUGCCCCAGCACACACUCUUCCCUUGACUGCCAGUUGUGGAAGCACAUCAGUGUUUGUUUUAUCCCGAGGGAUGUCAGUUCAUUAUUUUAAUUUUUCAAUACAGUUCAUUCAUUGCUAUUCUUGUUUAUGCAUACCACUUUUGUGAAUAUGUUGAUUGAACAGUUGCUAAAUAAAGUUAACAAAUAUAACA